UUCCAGGACAAAUGUUAAGUGUAGGCUUAGUAUAGGUUGUUGUGAGACAUAUAUUUGGCUGUUAUAUUAUCAAAAUGCCGAGUCGCAAGCUGCAUUAUGACUCAUCAUCUAGCGACAGUUCGUACCACACAAGUUACGCUUCUCGUCGAAGGCUCCCUUCACCCCCACCUAGUGGUAUACUACGCAACACAAACCGCCACGUCACAAUUAUCGACCCGGCAAUGAUGACGCGGCGCGUUGACAGAAUCACCGAUAACCUGGAAGAUGCAAACAGGAACUUACAAAGUGUGGAUUCAAAAAUCUCAAGUUUUAAAGACGUCCAUGAUGAUUCCAUGUCAGCUUUAACAAAGCUGCAAGAAGACUUGGAAGGCUCCAUUCAUCGAUUGCGCAAUACUCGUGAAAAGCGAUCGUUUACAAGAGACACAGGGAGCAUGAGGAGAAGUGAGCUAAACAGAAGGUCUGCUUCAACUACAAGGUUCGGGUCAAGAGACGCUUCACUUAACAGGGAAUAUGACAGCGAUACUACAGCUCGACGUAGGCCAUCAAGCAGUCUCGGGGUUGGUUCUCGUAAGUUUGGGGAUGGAGACUUCAGUUCUACUGCAAGGGAUCGUCUGUUAGAUUUAUCAGCGAGUCAGAACCGAAUGGAACAAGAUUUAAACGAUGAAAUAUCAAGAAGAUUAAAAUCAGAGAAAGACACUCAACGUUCGAUUCGUGACCUCGCUGAUUCACGGAAGAAUGAAAGUGCAUCGGAGCGCGUAGAACGAAGAUUGAAACAAAUUGAACGAGGAUUGGAAGUUGAUCGGAAUAAUGCAACGCAUGCUGCAAGUCAAGUUGCGCAAGAUUUGUUAAGGAGGAGUCAAUCUAAUAGAACAUCCGAAGAUGACUCAGCAUCAAGAUCAAGAUUGUUACAAAUGGAGUCGGGGAAACGUCUGGUUGAAAACGAGCUCGAGGCCACUAGGAGGCGUUUGGAGCAAUCGGAGGGUGGACGGGAGGCUUUGAUUAGUCAGAUAGGUGAGUUACGAGCUUUAAUCAACAGAUCAGAUAAAGAGAGAGGCGAACUUCAGAAACAAAUCCAGAAACAAGAAGCUGAGCGUAAAGCACAAACUGAAAGGGAGGCACAAGACCGACUGAAACUUGCAGCAUCUGACCGAAUGGAGCGCGAACGAACAAGACAAGAAGGAGAGAUCGACGAGCUCCGUGCUGCCCUCAAGCGGUCAGCAGGUGUCGUACAACUCGAUGAUUUGCGACGAGAUCUCGAGAAAAGUGAAAGACAACGACAGCAUUUGUCCGAUCAUAUUGAGGUUUUGACGAAAGAUCUGGAAAAGAAAGAGCAAACCAACACAAGAAUUCUUCACCAACUGAAUGAACUUCAACGAGACUUUGAUGAAUCGGAACGAGACCGUGAUCGUGUUUGUCACCAACUUGAAGAUGCUUUGCUUAAAGUUAAAGAACAAACGAGGGAAGCUGAGAAAUACACAAAGAACGUUCAACGAAUGGAAGAAGGGAAGAAUGAAUGCGAGAAAGAAAAAGAAGAAUUAAGAAGUGCGGCUCAAGAUACGAUAAGACAAUGGAAAACAAAAUGUCGGAAACAAGAAAAAGAAAUUGACCGACUGCGUGAAAAUAUUGAGCAGCUCAACACAAAGAAUGAAGAAUUGGUGAAAGAUUCAAUUGGAAGCAAAACACAAGCAAAUAAUGCUUUCCAACAAGCGGAGAAUCUUCGUAAAGAAAUGGAAGAUUUGAUCGCCAAACGAGUUGAACUUGAUGAACAAUUACGUCGACGUGACAACGAACUUGAACAGACCAAUGAGGAGAAGCGAUUACUCAUGCGUAACGUACAGGAAAUGAUGCAAAACUCGGAGAAACUUGAAGCAAGACUAAGGGAAUCAAUGGAUAAAACCUCAGUCUUAAAUCAUAAAUUGGAAAAAAAUACUGAAGAAAAUGAUUCAUUAAAGUCAAUGUUGGAGUUGUCUAAACAGCAAACAACUGAGCUACAGCGUGAUAUCCGGGAGACAAAACUCCGCAACUCUGAGUUAGAAUCUCAUCUUUCAUCUGAGAAGAACGUGAGGAUUGAGAUGGAGAAGUUGGAAGAUGAGACGAGGAAGCAAACCAAUGCCAUGCAGAUGGAAAUUAGUGCUCUUCAUAAACAAAUGCAAAUCGAACGCGAAACGCACAAGAAGGAACUUCAAGGUUUGAAUUCUCGUAUCCACUCGGGGGAGGUAGAGAGGAUGGAGGCCGUUCAGAGGGUGGGGAGGAAAGCUGACGAAGAGAGGGUGUUCUUGGAGGGGGGGUUCAUAGGGUUAACGUGAGUGGGUGUUCUUAGAGGGGGGGGUUC